AAUUAUAUACGACGAAAUUGGAUAGAUCAAGGGCCGACUUUAAAGAACGCGAGAGACAGGCUAUUGCUAUUGCCAAUGAAAUUACAAGGACAUCUACAACAAAUCCUCAUAUGCUCGAAGAACGUGGUUAUUUUGUGGAGGAUAACCAGAUGGAUGAAGAAGAAAAAUAUGGAGCAGUUGUGAGAAACAGGGAUCCGAGUAAAUAUAUGCCACCACCACUACGAAAGUUGCAGCUGGAGCAACAACAGCAAGCUCCUGUUGUAAAAAAACAAGAAAUAGUCAAAGAGCCUAUCAAAGAUGUUAAAACAAAACCGACUGAAGAACCCAAAAACACAAAGCCA